AUGUGGUGGAAUAAUAAUGUAUUCGGGCAUGUGGAGCUGAAGGAUGAAGAUACAGUCAAAGAGUUGAACAGAUUGGAUAAUAAUUCAACAAUUCCAGAUUCCGGUUUUCUGGGGAUGAUGCAUGUGGAUAGGGAGGCAGCAGUGAAGAAAGUGUGGGACAGUAUCCACUACAAAAAAAGCAUACAAAGGCAAAAAGCGAGGAUAAGAUGGAUAAAGGAUGGAGAUUUAAAUACUAGGUUUUUUCAUAAUGUAAUAAAAGUUAGGGAGAGAAGGAACUACAUAGCAUCAGCUUUAAGUCAAGGUGGUAUAACGCUUGAAGGGAUGGAGGAAAUUAAGUUGGAAGUCAAAAGUUUCUCUGAGGCCAAAUUCCAGGAACAAGUCAUACAAAGACCGGUGCUAGAUGAGGUGGAGUUCAAGAUUCUCAAUAUUGAAGAUAGAGAUAGGUUGGAAGCUAAUUUUACGAUUGAGGAAAUCAAAGAUGUGAUAUGGAAUUGCGAUGGGAAAGGUGCCCAAGACCAGACGGAUAUAAUUUUUCUUUCAUUAAAAGGAGUUGGGACAUUGUUGGGGGAGACAUCGUGA